UUCCUCUUCCUUCCCCCCCCUUUUUUAAACACACAUUUUUUUUUUUUUUCCCUGGCUUUGGACCUCAGAUUGCUGCAGCCCUAGCCUUCCCUGGGCUCAGCUCUUUAGGGCUGCCCAUCCCUCCGGCUGCGAGAAAGGACGCGCGCCCUGCGUAGGGCGAAGAAAAGAAGAAAAACUUGUCGGAGGGGUUUCGCCAGCCCACAUUAACCCCCUUCCCGCAAACCCAAACCUCCCGCCGGGGCCAUCCCAACACUGGGGAAAGUUCCUUCUGAGCCAACAGCCCUCUUGGAUUUGGAGAAGGCAGCCGCGCUGGCUGUGGAAUUAGAUCUAUUUUGAACCCGGUGGAGCGUAUCGCGGGGGCUCGGAAGUCACUAUCUGCGGGCACCCGGGUGUCGCUGCCUGUGCGGAACCGAGAGUUUGCGAGACCCGGCUGCAAGUGGCCUUUCCUUCCCGCAGUUGUCCAGUGUCUGGGGUGAGGGCUGCGAGUGUUGUGGCAAGUUGCGAAGAGAGACCCGGAGGUCCAGAGAGAACUGCACUCCCCCUCGCUCUCCCUUCUUCCUCUUCCCAGCUCCUGAGUGUGAAAUCCCAUCGAAAUUUACAAAGGCCUCCAGGUUCAGCCAAGACCGGUCCGCAGAGCUUUGCCCCAUCGUCCCCAUUCCCACCCGGAGCCCCGGAGCACAAGGCGCCUGGGAAGGACUGGAGGGGAGGGGGAGGGAGGUCGCGUCGGCGGCAUGGCGAGGUUCCCGAGGGCCGACCUGGCCGCUGCAGGAGUUGUGUUACUUUGCCACUUUUUAAUGGACCGGUUUCAGUUCACUGAAGGGGAGCCUGGAAACCAAAUCAAUGAUGGGCAAUACCAAGUUGCUCAGGUCUUCCCGCAAGCAGAUGAGGAAAUGGAAGUGGACACACAUGCAUUCAGCCACCGGUGGAAAAGGAGCUUGGAUUCUCUCAAGGCAGCUGACUCUAACCGAGCAAGCAUGGGCCAAGACUCCCCAGAGCCCAGAGGUUUCACAGACCUGCUACUGGACGAUGGGCAGGACAACACCACGCAGAUUGAGGAGGACACAGAUCACAAUUACUAUAUAUCUCGGAUAUAUGGUCCAUCUGAUUCUGCCAGCCGGAGUUUGUGGGUGAACAUAGACCAGAUGGAAAAGGACAAAGUGAAGAUUCAUGGAAUAUUGUCCAAUACUCAUCGGCAAGCUGCAAGAGUGAAUCUGUCCUUCGAUUUUCCAUUUUAUGGCCAUUUCCUACGUGAAAUCACUGUGGCAACUGGGGGUUUCAUAUACACUGGAGAAGUUGUACAUCGAAUGCUUACGGCCACACAGUACAUAGCACCUUUAAUGGCAAAUUUCGAUCCCAGUGUAUCCAGAAAUUCAACAGUCAGAUAUUUUGAUAAUGGCACAGCACUUGUUGUCCAGUGGGACCACGUGCAUCUCCAGGAUAAUUACAACCUGGGAAGCUUCACAUUCCAGGCAACCCUCCUCAUGGAUGGACGCAUCAUCUUUGGAUACAAAGAAAUUCCUGUCUUGGUCACACAGAUAAGUUCGACCAACCACCCAGUGAAAGUGGGGCUGUCUGAUGCCUUUGUCGUUGUCCACAGGAUCCAGCAAAUUCCCAAUGUUCGAAGAAGAACAAUUUAUGAAUACCACCGAGUAGAGCUACAAAUGUCAAAAAUUACCAAUAUUUCAGCUGUGGAGAUGACCCCAUUACCUACAUGCCUCCAGUUUAAUGGUUGUGGCCCCUGUGUAUCCUCUCAGAUUGGCUUCAACUGCAGUUGGUGUAGUAAACUUCAAAGAUGUUCCAGUGGAUUUGAUCGCCAUCGGCAGGACUGGGUGGACAGUGGAUGCCCUGAAGAGUCCAAAGAGAAGAUGUGUGAGAACACAGAGCCAAUGGAAAGUUCUUCUCAAACCACCACAACUGUACAAGCAACAACCACAAAAUUCAGGGUCCUAACGACCACCAGAAGAGCAGUGACAUCCCAGGUGCCCACCAGCCUGCCCACAGAAGAUGAUACGAAGAUAGCACUACAUCUAAAAGAUAAUGGAGCUUCUACAGAUGACAGUGCAGCCGAGAAGAAAGGGGGCACCCUUCAUGCUGGCCUCAUUGUUGGAAUUCUCAUCCUGGUCCUCAUUAUAGUAGCAGCCAUUCUCGUGACCGUCUAUAUGUAUCAUCAUCCAACGUCAGCAGCCAGCAUUUUCUUUAUUGAGAGACGCCCAAGCAGAUGGCCUGCAAUGAAGUUUCGAAGAGGCUCUGGUCAUCCUGCCUAUGCCGAAGUUGAACCAGUUGGAGAGAAAGAAGGUUUCAUUGUAUCAGAGCAGUGCUAAAAUUUCUAGGACAGAACAGCACCAGUGCUGGCUUACAGGUGUUAAGACUAAAAAUUUGCCUAUACCUUUAAGACACACACACACAAACACACACACACACACGCACACACACGAAGGAGCCCUAAGCUGCUGUAGCCUGAAGGAGAUGAGAUUUCUGGACAAGCCCAGCACUGGAAGGGUAAAAGAAAAACUAAAACUCAUCCAAGGUACCACUGACCAUUGAACAUAGAAUUCCCUAGUGGAAUACCAUUUUAUAAUUCACUCAGAACAUCUCCUGUGGACUUAUCAGAAGUAUGACAAGAUGACAGUGCUAUUGGCUUAGGUGCAGGGUUGCAAAGGGAUAGAGAACAAACAAUAAUAAUAAAGCUUUAGUUCAUGAGGGAUCUACGCCUUUGGUUCAAAUAUUCUUCUCUGAUGUCUCAAAGAUAACUGUGUUCCAAAGCCUGAACCUUUUCUCUCAAAAGAGCAAUGAUGAAUGUUUCAAGAUUGCUAAGGAAAACAGCUCGUGCAGGAGCAAAAAACAAACCUAAAAUAAGAGGGUUUUCUCUCUUUCCACCAGACAUGUGGCAAAAGGAUUUUGUUUUUCUAGUCUAGAUCCACUUGUUCUGACAAGUUCAUUAUCCUACAGAAUAAUCUUUUAUCUGUGCCUCCUUCUCCCUUGUUAAUGAGUGUCCUUCCUAUGGGCUGUGGCAGAAUUACCACACUCUUGGCUAAGGAUUAGGAGAGAGGGAGAGGCAAAGGAGAUUUUCAGUUCUCUUGCCUCAGAUAAAACAGUUCAUUUCUUUUUUUUUUUAAGAUACAUUGCCUCCGUUUUCCCAACCAUGAAAUCCUAUGAAGCCACAGUUGCUCUUGGCUGAAGGAAACAAUACAAAGAGUCCCUUAAUCGUUUUUGAGGCAAAAACAUUAAGGGAGUCUAAACAUAUGUGGGGGGAGGGUUUUGGGGUGUUUUUUUUUUCCUUUUUACUUUGUGCUAUUUCAGUACUUAAGGCCCAUGUCAUUGUCAAUUCCUGUCUAAGAAGCCAUUCAAGUCAGCAUAUCCCUGGUGAUAAAAAAGGAUGAAAGAACCCUGCUGAAUCAUACAGUAAUUUUCUUUAAAGCACAUAGUAGUUACAUAAAUAUAUAUAUAAAUAUAUUUUUGUUUAUAACUAACACAAGGCAGGCUCUUGUGACUCAAAGAGUGCAUUUGUCAUCAAGACAAAACAAAUGCGAGAUGCAUUACUGCAUACUUCCAUAGAGUUGUAAAAUAAUCCUUAAUAUUAGAAUAUUUUUAUGUCCCUUAGCAAAAGUGGUUCAAUCAGUUGCAGUGCCGAUCAAUUUCCUGCCUAUUUGAGCCACUCUUUCAUUCCUAUCAACCCCUUCCCUCCCUGGCUAAAGAAAGCAGAUGCAAAAUGCUCCUUAGAUGGAUCUGUCAUUUUGCCUUGUAAUUGUAAUUGCCAUCCAGAUUUCGAAACUUCUCCACAAAUGAGGAAAGGAAAGGCAUGGCUUGAGGAGGAAAGUGGUUAAUACGUAUACCGAGCUCCCAACGUUCAAAUUCAGGUCCUGUGUGUACAAGUUCAUCAACAUCUCGACCCAUGAAACUGACAUCCUGUGCCCAGAUGCUGUAGAUUCUCCUAGGGCACAGUGUCCAACAUUUGCAGAUUCAGGUAUCAGGAAGCAGAGAUGUCUUAUAAGCAGCACUUUACUAACAGCUUAGCAUCUGUACACAGUGUCUGCAUCGAACAACAUCAGUCUACUAACAGAGUAUCCUAUGUUAUCUUCACAGUUGUCUGACGUAAACUAGUACCGUCUUCAAUCACAUAUAUUUUGCUUUACAUUUUUAAAUACCUGAUGAGGUUAGUAAUUUUUUCCUAACCUACUUAGUUAAUAAUUGAAAAAAAAAAAAAAAAAAACCUGACAAGCAAGGCAAUUGAAGGAUGUGAUGACAAUCUCUCUGCUGUAUCUGCAUUCAGUUUAUAUGAAAUAUCCCAACUUAUUUCUUGUGGAGUAGGUUUCGUCAGAUUAGCAAUAACCAAAUGACUUGCCAAUGUAACUGGUGCAACUGGUAUUCUACAAAGACAUAAGGAACACAUAGACGAUUCCUUUUAGGAUAAGAUGACGCUUCUCCCACUAGCUUUUGUGGUAGGUGUGGCUUCCAGUAGCAGUUGAUUGACAGUUAUAUAAAUCUCGUGUAUAUAUCCAACUCCUUACACAGUUCUUUGAAGUCGUAAUGUUGUCUUUCUUCCCUUCAGAGUUCAUAUUCCACUUUCUAUUAAAAGAAUUGACAAUUCUGGAAACAAACGAACAAGACAUAAAACUGAAUUGUUCAAUGAACUAAAGCACCUAGUAAUAGGGAAAACUUUUUGGAAGUGUGAGAACACUUCCUAACAAAAGUAGGAGUUAGAGGUGCUGAAAAGUUUCUGCUGUAUAUGAAUCUUUUAGUGGUAAGGAGAAAGGCUGGCUAAUCCCUUUUUUUCAUGAAAUUUUUAUUCUAUUUUAUAUUUCUGGUUUGUUCCUGGUGCCCAUUUACUGCAAAGGAAGAGCAAACGUACACCAUGUUUCUAGAAAUUCAGAAUGGACAUUGAUGCUUUGGACUUUACAUACAUUAUAUAUUAGAAGGGGUGCAUCUGUACAUUACUUAAAUACUAUGAACACAGUAGAGAGAGAAUAACAAUUUUAAAAAAUUAAGAACAGCCAAGAAACACAUACAGACUUCUGAAGAAAUCUGAUAAAUGGUGCUACAGAGGAAAUAAUAUUUGGUAUUAGGUAAAGGUAUAAAUGUCAAGAAAAAUGUCCUAAGCCAACCAGAUGGCACUGACCACAAUGUUGGUUGUUUAUGAAGUGUUUAGACUUUAAGAUACACUAACAAACAGAAAACUAAAGAUCAAUAAUAAAGUACAGUUUACUCCCACUAUUAUUUUAGUUUGAGAUACCUAGAGCAUUUGCUGAUCUCUCUCACAUGGAGCUUCUAGAGUUGUUCUGUCCAGUAUCCUAUCCACUAGCUAAAUGUGGCUAUUUAAAUUUAAAUUAAUUAAAAUUAAAUUUUAAAAAACCCUCAGUUCUUCAAUCACUAGGCACAUUUUGAAUGCUCGAUAGCCACAUGUGGCUUGUUGGCUUCCAUAUUGGACAACACAGAACAUUGCCAUCACUGCAGAAAAUUCUGUUAUACAGUGCUGUAGAGUAGAGGUCUUUUCUUUUAAUUCCCUCUCCUUGAAUAAAAAGGAGAAGGAAGAAAACAAGAAGAUUUGGUAGUUCUUGGGCAUAUUUAAGUGUUUUUGAUCUCAGAGAGGCAGCAUGCUAUAAUGAAAAGAAUACCGGCUGACACAGCUUUGAGUCUCCACUAUGUUAUCUUGGGAAAAUCACUUUAACUUCCAUAAGUCUCAAUUUACAGUUUUGGAAAAUAAAAAUAUUUUUGUUCUCUCUUCGUUGUAAGGUUAUUAUUAUGCAGAUUGACUAAAUGUACAGACGUACAGGCUUUUAAAACCUUACAUCAAUGUAACCCAUAUAAAGCACAGCCUUGGUCCAGUAUCAGCACAAAUUUGCAUUCAGAUGAAGAAAAGUCCACCAAUCCUAAAAGCAUUCAAAGACAAUCAAAUCGAUAAAAAAUUUUCUUAAGAAAAGGCCAAAGGAAAAAUUGCUCAAUUUUUCCCCAUCUUAAUAUUUUCUCUUAGUAUUUCCCAUCUGUCAUGUCUCUCCCAACUUUGACUCCUCCACCAUGACAGAGUCCCUAUGUGCAUGCUGAAAUUACUUCAAUUCCUUAUUAUGUAGAGUCACUGAGUCUCUCUAGUUUCUUGCGAUUUCCCAGUUUACUCUUCGCAGCAAAGGGAGGCCCAGGGGCUGAGCAGCAGGCUUUUCUUUAGAAGGAAAUACCUCAAGCAUAAAUAAUUUCAAAUAUUUAUUUUAUCCCUGUGACACAAAUAUAAGGGGCUGCCUUAUUAAAAUAUAAAAAUACAUGGAACUCAAUUUCUGAACGGUAAAAACUUGCAAAUGCAAAUAAGAAGAUGACUAUUCUUUUAAAUUAUACUAAUAUGCAGAUAAUAUAUAUUCUGAUUAGUAUAAUUUAUUAGUUUCUGGGGCCAAAAGUUCUUACAUUACUACCUGUCCUGAAGGAGUGUCAUCUUGGUUAUGUCCUCUAGUGUCUGUUGCCCAUUUGAGAAAAAGUUUUGCUAGAAUCCAUGCCUUGAUUCAAGAAACUUUCCUUCCAUGAUAAGAAAUUAAUAUUUAAAUAAGACUAAGAAAUCAAUCCUGUUGUUAUGGUUUCUUCCUCCUGUGAAAUGUUCUUUUUCUUGGUAUUUCUUCAGGCAUUUUUCAAAUACUUUAUUACAAUGAGCUUUACUAAUUCCCAAAGGUUGCUCUAGCUCCUACUUUCCCAUCCCACACCGUGUUUUGGCGUCAGCAUCCAUAUGCCAGAAUCAUGGCAGGUCAUCUAACCCAAGCUCUUCAUUUUACAGAUCAGAAAAUUGACUCCCGGAAAGAUAUGGUAAUUUUCCCAGUGUCAGAAUUGGGUCUUGAACUUAAAACUCCCAACUGGUAAUUUCUGUUACCAUUUUUCUUGCCUGCACCCUUUCAUCAGCAGUUAAGGCCAACCCCAACCAAGCAGCUUAGAAGGCACAGUCCAUCUGAAGGCUAAGUUUAUCUGUACUAUUGACUCUUCUUAUAAUAUAGAACUUUGGACCGGUCUUCUUCUAUAUGUUCAUAAGAAUAGUACCAUCUUCAUGACAACCAGUGAUUUUAAGUUCUAGCCAUUACAGUGUCUUUAUUUGGUUUUGCACGCCCCUCCCACCCCUACCUGGUGCCAUCUGUCAGCAACACUAUUUUUAGUCAUUUAAAAUUGUUCUACCUUUGUUUCAUUUCUUCCCAAAUAUAUCUGAAAACUAAGAAUCUUCAUAGCUUAUUUUCUUACAACAUAUAUAAUCACAAGUUUUAUUUGCUUUUGAAACCACUUGAACAUUUUUGCCCCAGGAAGGUUUUUUGAGCAAAUAUUAUGAGGUCUGUGGCAUUACCUAUUACCUUGUGUUUAUAAAGCACUUUACAUUUUGUGGAGCACUUUGACUCACCCCUUUAUUUGUUCACUCAUUCGGCCACUCAGUUUACUUAAAUAUUUAUUGAGCACCUAUCGGAACCAAGUUCCUGUGCUGGAUCUGUGGUAUAUAGUGAUAAAUACAAAUAGAGAUCAGGCAGGUCGACUGAUAAUUGUGAUAUGAUGGAAUCCUCAGGCACAACUUUGCAAAGAGGUCGGAUCAAUAUUAUUCUAUCCAAUUUCCAAUUCCAAUUGUCUAUUAUACUUAGAGAAUUAUCAAGUAUUUGCCUAAAGAAUGUUUCAGAAAUACAAUACAUCAUUGCACAUCGGUGCUGUUUGCUCUAUUUUAAAUGGUUUGUAAAUUUCAUUCAUGGGAACAAAAGUGACUCAUCCAAAGUUGUCCCAGACCCAGAGGGACUUUCCAGGUCACUUGGACUUUUUCUGACUAGAUGUAACAGUUCACUUUCUUGUACCAAUAUUUUCUGAACGUUCAACAUCAUAGUUUUAAGGUAUUCCAGAAACACCAGUGUAUCAAAGAAGCAUUUGCACUUUAGGUGUGUGGUUGUUAUGUCACUUAUUAGACUGCCUCAGGCUUUCUCAACCUUGGCACUGUUGACAUUUGGGGUCCCCGAAUUCUUUGUCAGAGGGUGGGGUGGAAAUAGUCCCGUGCGUUGUAGGGCAUAUAUGGCGGCUUCCAGGCAGCUUCCAUUGACUUUAUGCCAGUGGUGUUCACACACACACAUACACACACACACACACACACACACACACACAGACUGUGACAACUAAAGAUGUCUCCAAACAUUGCCAAAUGUCCACGGAUUGGGAUUGGGAAAACUACCGGAUUAUCUAACUAGCAAAAUGUAUCAGAAGAAAAAAAGAAAUGUUUCUCUUUCCCUUAAGCUUUAUGAUAGAUAGGGGUUUUUGGUUUUUAUUUACAAGAAGACUUGGGAUCAUAAACUCUCUGAAUUAGAAGGGACUGUAAAAAGUCACUAGUUCAGUUACAACCCACCAUCAUCCUUAUCUAUUUCCCCAUCUCUCAGUUUUACAAAUUUAGUGGGAGAAGAUCAGAAGAUUGAUUAUCUCUAGAAACUUGGAAAUUGGCUGUUUCCUAGUGAGAGAUAAGUCUGUUCGGUAAUUGUGCUUUGCUGCUAGAAUUGUAGCCGUUGUGAUGUUAGCUUCAGUGUGGAGACUUGGGGUCAUACAACUUCGGUAACGCAGACUCUGCCUUGAGGAGUUUUCUUUUGGUCAUUUGACACUUUUACAAAUCUUGGUCCUUCAUCUUUGCCUUCAAAAUAUGCAUGGAAGUUGAAGUUUGGUACAUCUAAUUUUAAGUAUAUCUGGAUGAGCUUUCUAUUUCUGAUAUUCUGUUAUUUUUAUUUCUAUAUCUGAUUUUUUAUUGCCCUUCUAGAGAAAAAAUUGACUGCCUCAAGAAACUGAGAAUUGGAAAUUUCCGAGUCGGGAUAUUUAAUCUGUCAAGCCAAAGUUCUUAUGAUUUGAUGUGCCUUGGGUCAGUUUUCCCACUGGGUCAGUGAUUUCCUGUGGGUAACUGUGAAUCAAGUCAGUCAUACUUGUGUCUACGCCGCACCAGUUGGAAAACAUGGUGGAGUUUUACAAAGACAACCCCUCAAGAAUAUUCCUAGAAAUAACAACAAAUGCCCAGCUGGAAUAUCAGGCCUCCCCUUGAUUCCUUUGCUAACACACCAACCCAGACUUUGCGAGCAUUCAUAACCAUUUACUACAAAUUGCUACUAUGGUGACACAAUUGAAAGCCUUGAUUACAAAGCCCAAGGCUAUAGAAUAUUGAGGCGCUCACACACAGAGUGAGCUCUCGCAAGAUAAUCCUAGAAACCAGAAAUCUUCAGCUGAGGAGACCCUCAAGUAUAUCUCCUCUACCACAGUCCAUCGGACAGUUUGAUGUUACAUAACAUUUUGAUUAAGCUGAUCUUCUAAUUUCAGCUGAAAUUGGAAUGCAUCUGCCUGUUACCUGACAUAACUUUUAAACCAUCCACUGCCCACCACUCUCACGGUGAUGAUUGCAAAGAAGUAAGAUGGUAAUUUUUGUAAGAUGGUAAUUAUCCAAGUAAAAUCACAUAAUUUCUUGAAUCACUUCUCCCUGACACAUUUAUGAAGUACAUCAUCAUUGGCUUCUCAAUAGCGCAUUUAUUAUGAAUGACCAAAUUAUGUCUAGAGAAAUAGAUGCUCAAAACUUGUUAUUAUAAGUGAAUUUCCAGAUCAUUGUUGACUAAGAGAUUCUGUGACUUUAAAUCCAGAAUAAAAGGCUGGGUGGGGGGGGUGGAAAUAAUUUAAAUCAUAUGCUGCUCCUCAUCUUUUUCUAUUUUCUAAAAUUUACUAACAUUUGAGAAUUACUAAAAAAAAUCUAAUGGAAUAAAGCAAAAAAAUUUUAAGUUGGCAGAUAGUGAUGUAUUUAUUUUGAUUCUGGUUGAAAAUCUCAGUGACUUCUCUCAUUCCCACUGGCGUGUUAUUUUUUUUAAAAGAAUCUCUCUUUUUUAGCAUUACAAAAACUAUAGAUUCAUGACCAAAAUGUUACUUACUGAUCAUGCAGCUAUAAACCUUUGUGCCUGUUGCAUACAUACAUAGUAUGAAACUCAUUUUAGAGGUUUGCUAUAUGGGGAGAGGUAUAAACAUAAGAGUGAGUGGGUGGAUACGAUUCAUGGAAAAAUUGAAAUAUGCUAUUGAGCAGAAUUUUCAUCUUCUUCAGAGCAAUGUACAGAUCAAUAGGAGAUGAAGAUCAGCUCAAAAUUAGGUCAUUCAGACAUUCAGACACAGAUCCUGCAAGUUAUCCUAGGAAACAGGUGAUAUACAGAAAGUCAAGGAUGUCCCCAAUUAAUUUAAAACUCAACCAUCAUCCACCUGUACUUCUCCUAUGGCACAAUCCUAAAAUCAUGAAGGCCCAGAAGGGGCCUUCCUGCUCCAGGAAAUUGGGUUCCUUAUGGUCAAGUAAGGACCAAAAAGAGGCUUUUCCAUUUAUCUCCUUCCGACUUACAAGGCAUGUGCUUUGGUCCCCUUGUGCCAGAGACCAUGAGACAGCCAACCACACAGAGGAAAUAAAAUACAGUAAAGAGAAAAUAAAUUUUCCUGAGGAAAUGAGAAGAAAGGGUACUUUCAACUGUGGACCCAUAACUGAAUCUCUGUGAAGUUUGACCAUCUCGGGACCUGAUUCAUAUACUGUUAUCUAGACACGUGGUCAAGUCCAAGCAACCAUUUUUAAGGUGGUUUGAACAAAAACAUGCUCAGAUUGUCAUAUUUAUAGCAGAGAAAUAAAAACCCAAAUUCAGAGUCCUCCACCAGGCUACUCGGAAAAAUACCAUCAAAGUGAAGUCACAGCUUUCCUUGCUGAGACCUGUUAAAAUCAUUUUAGGGAAAUUAAUUAAUGUUCUUUAGACACAGACAUUUUGUGUACAUUAUGGCGAAGUCUCAGAGCCCUCGCUGAGAAAGGGAAAGUCUUUUCAUAGGCUGAUCAAAACAAAUCUCUCAUUUGCCUCAUUUGAGGCAUUUGGGCCGUGCCUGGGAAGUACAUUAUUUUCAGGGGGAAAAAAGAAACAGCCUUUUUUGCAUGCCAUCUGGGAUCAUGGGGACUUCCAACGCCAGGAAUUUACUACUGUUUCUGGUAAUUCUGCCUGUAGUCCUCUGCAAUGUCCCAAGUGUGAAAAGAGAAGUUGGGCACCCGCGGGGCUGUCUGUGUUUUAUGCCAGUUGCACCAGCACACAGAAUAUUUGUACGCAUUUCAAAGUGGGUAUAAUUGUACCCUUUGUCAGAAUCACAAAGCUCACUGCAGUGUUCCUGAAAGAGAACACUGAGGGGAAAAUCUGACCCUCUAAACCCAGUCAACCCCGCACAAAAGGAACGAUUGUGUGGAUGAGCACAGCACAUUGCAACUUUGUUUCUCACUGUUUUUCCAAAGCCCUGUACUCACAUCGAGGAUGUGUCUUUCAGGUGAAGAUUAAUUUUGCAGAGGUUUUCCAAAAUUUAGCUUUAAUCCAGGGUUUGGAAAACUGAGCACUUUAAAUUUACUCCAGUCUCUGGGCAUCAUUCCUAUUUCUUCUGCCUUGUCAGUGAGACAUUCUGAGCCCUACAUUCUUCCAUGAUCAAAUAACCUACACAUACUUCAUGAUGACCUCAUGCUUGACGUACCUGAACCUGCAAAUAUAAGAAUGAUUGUACAUGAAUUUGCACUAUUGGUGUCUAAUAACAGACGAGGGGUAACCUUUACUGAAACCAAUGGUUUAAAUUCAAGAAUUCAGAUGCUAUGUACUUCUGCAAGCUUCCUGAUUAUUUUCACUGUAAGAUUAAUUAUCAAAGUUUGAAUGUAUUUCCUUAGAGUUCAUUCACUUGCCAUCUCUUUUCCUGGGGAUCGUUAUGAUUGCAAUAAGUCAUUAAAGUUUUCCUCACACAGCUACUUAAACAAAGUUUUUCUGCAACUCUGGCUCUGCUUACAGUAUGUGGGAAAUCUUCAUUUUUUUUUCCUAGUAAAAAUGUGGUAAGAAAGCCAGUGUAUCGACUGCCAUGGUGACACAGUUCAUCUUAAAAGGUCUGGAAGCUGGUGGUGACCAAAUGCUAUCUGUGUUGUCUCUGCUGAUUGCUAUUUUCAGAAUUAAAUCCUGUUUUUCACUUCCGGUUGGAGUCAACGAAUUGGGGAUUGAAGAAGGGGGGAAGGGAAGAGUUUGUGUAAUACCGCUGUCAUAUUUGACUACAUAUUAAAAACAAUAAAUGAUCGUUUUGUUUUAAUUUCU